UUUUUUCCCUCACUUUUCUUUAUUAUGAAGUUCCUUGAAGUGGAUUCCCUUGAUCUGAUAAAUACAGCAUUUGUAUGGGAGACAUCUGAAUGUGUAUUAACAGGCAGAGUAGAAGCUUAUUCGUGCAAGUCUGCUGGUACAGAUAAAAAGUUAUUCAAGACAUUAGAGAGUAGAUACAAUACAGAACUAUUGGCUCCUGGCUCCAUCUCGCCUGAUGAGGUACAUAUUGUAUCUCCUUUUGGGCGUUUAACAGAAGCAGCACCACGCAAGACCUUCUUUUACUUGUUGGCUACGUUGAAUGCUGCUUUCCCUGAACAUGAUUUUGAGGAUGUGAGACCAGACCAGUUUCUGAAACUUCCUUCAGUAGAGAUGGUGAUGAAUUCUGUCAAUACGACACUGUUUAAUUUAGGCAACGAUGUGAUUGUGAAUCGAUACAGGUUAUGGGAUGUGUUGGAUGAUAUCGUUCAAUUAAUGGAUUGUGAUGUCUAUACAUACAAUCCAGAUGUAGAUGAUGACCCUAUGAAUGAAGAAGAAGGUUAUUUAUGGUCUAUGAAUUAUUUCUUUUUUAAUCGUAAGCUAAAAAGAAUGAUAUUCUUUAGCUGUAAGAGUGAAAGUAUGAAUGCACCUAUAGAAGAAGAAGAAGAGAUUAUCACUGAUGAUGAUGAUAAUAAUGACAGUGGAAAGUAAGAAGAGAAUGGAUUACAUAAUACUACGUAAAACUGACAUUGUUAUUUUAGGCGCUAUCAUGAUGAUUUUGUUAUGGAAGAUAUGGAUUAAUUUUGUGCCUUUUUGUCUCCUUAAUUAUUUUUUUUUUUUCUCAUCAAUUGGAUGAUGUUAUAAAUUUUUAUCUUUAUUUGUCUAAUGGCGUUUUUAGUGAUAUAUAUAUAAAAACCCACUCUUUUUUUUU